AUGCGCCGGCACCUGAAGGGCCUUACUCUCUGGGAACACGACGAGAGUCUGGGAACCAACCCUCCUGCAAGUGCCACAACCAAGGCGACCGCGCUCCAAAUGUCCAUCCACCAACGGCACCAGUCUGCUGCGGAUUCCCAGGAUAGUACGACACCUCAGAUCGACAACAGAGACCAGAGACGGAAACGUCACAUCCACGAGAGGGAAAUGGUAUAA